AUGGUCCUCUCAAGCAACUGUAAUCUUGUCUCAGCUGAUGAAUCUCCUACCGCUGAAAGUCCUGAGCAGCUCUCAUCUCAUCAAGGGUGGUACAAAGACGCUCCCAACGGCUAUUCUAUAUGGCUCUCAUCUCCUCUACAAAUGCAGUGUACUACUACCAGCGGUGUCGUUAGUGAUCCUCAUAUGCUCAAUGGAGGAGGUGAGCUGCUGCCAGCGCGCAGAGUUCAAAAGGAGAGAGAGAGGCCGAACGCGAGGCGGGAGGGAACCCUCAUCGUCGCCGUUCGUGGAGUCUGUGCCAGCACUGUCGUCGCUGUAGCGGAGGAGCGUCCCUGUCUCUGCGAGCUGCCGCCAUCGAAGCUUCUACUUCUGCUUUGCUGCUUCUGCUGUCACGCCGUCGUCCCUCUAGAUAUCGCUGCUUCUGAAUCCCCUGUCACUAGUUCUCUGCUUCUGAAUCCCCUAUCACUGGUUCUCUGCCUCCUCAUUGUUGCUCAACCUCUAUUUAGGCCAGCGUGGAAGGAAGCUUGUGCUACUCUUCAAAAGCUCUUUUCAGGUUCUUUCAACCAAAGCACUCUAGCAUCUCAAGCAAAGAACAUGAACUUUUAUAGCAUGAAGUAUAUAUUGUUUUUAAAUUCGCCAGACAAGAUAAAGAUCAGAUUUAAGAUUCUUUCUAAUUCUUUAUGUGGAGCAGUUACCAUUAAAGCCAAGAGAGUCCACUCAAGCUGGGUUACCACACCAACUUUGUUGAAGAAAAAUGAAAAAAUUGUCACCCUUAGGCUAUAGUAUUUUUGUAUUUUGAAAAAUGAUGAUGAUAUAAGUAAAAGUAGUUAUGACCUAGACUAGUAUUAUGUUAUUUUGCAAUGAUGAUAUAUUGUGAUUGUGGAUCUUAUAACAAUUUUUAUAAGUCAAAUUUGUUGGUAAAUGUUC